AAAAUCAGCUGUUAAUUUAGGAGGGGGACUAUUUCAAACGUAUAUUUACGAAUUUUUCCGUUUUUAAGAGAUCUUAAAACUCUCUCUAUGUAUAAUUAGUAUAAAAAAUAUAUAUGCAAAAGAAUUUAUAUUUUUCAUUUCCUGGAAAGUGGCGGCGGUAGAAGGUACAAGUGGAAGAGGUAGAAGCGCAAAGUCUGGUAGAAGGGAGGUAGAAGUUAGAAUGGAGAAUGGCCAAUCGACCAAUGAGCACAUAAAUGUUGAUCACGUGCGCGAUAUAAGAAGCGUUUUCACCGCGAGAGGUCGCUUUGACUCGAUUUUUUGUACCUGCGUUGUGGACGGAAGCCAUUGGCGAAUCGGAUGCGAUUUCCAUUUUCUUUGCGAAUACGAAGAGUAAAGAGUAAAGUGUUCACGUUAACAUAUUCAUGCGAUUUAUUGGAAAAAACUUUAAAUGAGAUUGCUAGAAGACAUGUGCGGUAUUUCAGUAUAUCCAAACGUCCUUUAGAGUGUUCUAUUCCAGAAACAAUUUUCAUAUUUAUACGAUCGCCUGGAAUCGUACAAAUAUCUUGUCCUACACAUUGUAGAAGUCUAAAGUUGGGUUUUAUAAACCCUAUUUUGUUACACAUCAACUUGAGACGGCAUAAUCAUGAUGACGGAAACGUUAAAAUCAAACAAUCAUAUGGGAGGUCUACAGCAUAAACUAGAUAUGGACAACAAAGCUGACGAUCUGGGAUGGAAAGCCAAGCUGAAAAUUCCCCCUAAAGACAGAAGAAUACAGACUAGUGAUGUAACAGACACAAAAGGAAAUGAAUUCGAAGAAUUCUGCUUAAAGCGUGACUUACUGAUGGGGAUUUUCGAAAAAGGAUGGGAAAGACCCUCACCAAUACAAGAAGCUUCUAUUCCUAUCGCACUAUCAGGGAAAGAUGUGCUAGCUAGAGCAAAAAAUGGAACAGGUAAGACUGGAGCAUACUGCAUACCUGUUUUGGAACAAAUUGAUCCUAAAAAAGACUGUAUUCAGGCACUGAUCAUUGUGCCUACCAGAGAAUUAGCCUUACAAACGUCACAAAUUUGUAUUGAACUCGCAAAACAUAUGGAUGUACGCGUCAUGGUUACGACAGGUGGCACAAACCUUAGAGAUGACAUUAUGCGUAUAUAUCAGAAAGUCCAAGUGAUAAUUGCCACCCCCGGUCGUAUACUCGAUCUAAUGGAAAAAGGUGUAGCUGUGAUGGAUCAUUGCAAGAUACUGGUUCUGGAUGAGGCUGACAAGCUUCUAUCCCAGGACUUCAAAGGCAUGCUAGAUACUGUGAUAAAAAACCUGCCACAAGAACGUCAGAUAUUGUUGUUCUCAGCAACAUUUCCAUUGACAGUCGAGCAGUUUAUGCGAAAGCACCUGCGUGACCCAUACGAGAUCAAUCUCAUGGAAGAACUCACAUUAAAAGGUGUAACACAGUAUUACGCAUUCGUCCAAGAAAGACAGAAGGUCCACUGCCUGAACACGCUGUUCUCCAAACUGCAAAUCAACCAGAGCAUAAUAUUCUGCAAUUCGACGCAGCGAGUGGAAUUGCUGGCGAAAAAAAUCACUGAGCUUGGUUACUGUUGUUACUACAUACACGCAAAGAUGGCGCAGGCGCAUCGGAAUCGCGUCUUCCAUGACUUCAGGGCGGGCCUGUGCAGGAAUCUAGUCUGUUCGGAUCUGUUCACUAGGGGUAUUGACGUUCAGGCCGUGAACGUGGUGAUAAACUUUGACUUCCCGAAGAUGGCGGAAACAUAUUUGCACCGUAUCGGCAGAUCCGGUCGUUUCGGCCAUUUGGGUAUCGCGAUCAAUCUGAUCACGUACGAUGAUCGGUUCGCGUUGCAUCGCAUCGAACAAGAAUUGGGUACUGAAAUUAAACCCAUACCUAAGGUGAUCGAUCCCAAACUGUACGUCGUCGAGCUAGGCGGGCAGGACGAGGAAAUUGAAGAGCGCGACUCCAGCUCAAAAAAUGCAAAGUAACCGUUGUCAGGAAUAAUGGCCGAUGAGAGAAGUGCGAGUGUGCGUGUACAUAGUUUAUAAAUGAAUUAAUCGAAAGGACUGCUGUACAAACUUUUAUUUACUUAUUUAGCAAAGAGAAGAAAGAUAUUUUUCGUUUACGGAUGGUUUUUAUAACGCGUAAAAUGGUCGGCGUGUUGACUGAUGAUGCGCGGGGCGGAUGCAGCACGGGAAGUUGAUCUUAGAUUGAAGUCGCUAAGGGAUGUUCCACACUCGCGAUUAUCGUUUUUCUUUGAGACUGUCUGUGAUAAUUUGAUCUUUUUUGAUUUUUUUCGAGUCAACGCCAGAUAGUGAAUGAUCGCUUCAUCUUUAGGGCCAUUGACUUGUCUCACUUGACAAUUUUUGACAUACGGGUGUCACUGUUGCGCGACGCAAAUCGCGUGCAUGGAUAGGCCCUUAGAGGUUAAUUGAAGUCCAACUGGGAAUGAGCAUCAAAGUACAAGUAUUGUGGAAUAUGAAGUUAAUCUAACGGAUCAAAUAAAGUAAUUGUUGAAAUAUCGAGAAAUGCGCUGAUUGAACAAAGUGAAUAUUUAGGAUCCGAAAUUAAUUUUCUUAUAGAAAAGCAGAUUUUUUUGGAUGAUAUCGCCAUACAUUUUUUCGUUUUGUCAAAAAAGUUUGCACUGUGGAAUGUUAUGACAUUUUUGCUCAGGUUUAGCAGUCAUACAUCUUCUCUAUAAUGCAUGUUCAGGUAGUUGCCCUUUUGAAAAUAUGUUAUGGUUUCUUUGAAAAAUAUGAAAAGAAUAAUGGACGAAAAAUGUAUAUAAUGAAAAUUCGUUUUUGUUACAUUCUUGUAUGUAGUAAGUAGAUCUGUGAAUGAAAAUUAAGAGAAAACUAAGAUUGUUUCCAGGAGGUCAACCGAUCUUUAAAUUCAUUGAAAUAUGUUCCGGAUUUAUAUUGCUAUUUCUAUAAAUAAGACUAUUAAUUUUGAUGCUGACUCCAAAAAAAUAUGCUGGAAUGACGAAUUUUUGAGAAUCGAUAUGAACUGAUGAAUUAUUAUUUAAUAUUAAUAUAUAAUUAUUUAUUUAUUAUCACAUCAAAGCAAAUCUUUUUGUCUAGUGUAUGUGAAAAAUCAUACUGGUCAAUACGGUUGUACCCUAUAAAAGGUUAGGUUGAUUCAGUUUUUUAUAGAUAUACUUUGUAGGUGAUGGAAUUUUUUUUUAUCAUUCUUAAUCAUGUACUCAAUGCAUGAUCUUGGAAAUAUUGGUAAAAAUACGCAUUUUUCAGCUUUUAGUAAAAUGUGCUCCAUUCAAUUUUGCAGAAGAUAAAAUUCUGUUCAAGGUUGAUACUGACAGCUUCGAAAGGAAAAAUUGAUUGAUUUUGCAGUUACGAGGAAGAAAAAAUGCGCAUUUUGCGAGUGAUUUUCUUGAGAGUCGAAAAAUAAUACUAGUUUCUCGAGUUCCAAGAAAAUAUCAGAAAUGAGAUACUGUAGCGAUAUGUAUGAUAAUUUGAUACAGCUGUUUCUUCUCUCUGCAGUAAUUAGAAAUCUACUUUCAAAAGGUUAGUUUUUAGUAGAUGAUGCUGUAGCUAUAUGCUCAUAAGUUGGGCUGUAACAGCAUCUAUAAAGUAGAUUUCUAAUUAUUGCAGAUAGAAAAAUAGCAGUGAAAAAUUCUUAUUAUGACGCUAUGGUGUCUCAUUUCAUCUCGGAUAAUUUUUCGGACGCGCGAAUCUAGUAUUAGGAACCUUCAAGUAGACUCAAUCAAUACCUACAUUUACAACGUAGACACAAAUCGAUCCAACCAGACCUUUUGAAGGAUCACGCUUAUUUCGAAAUAUUGACCGGUCUAGUGGGAACAUUCUGGCGCGCAUUCUCGAAAUCGCAUCCUGUUACCCGUGCGGUUUCGGGCUGUCUAAGGGCGGCUUCACGCGCCGCGUUCGCCGUGGCGUUCGGUGGCGAUUUCGGUCGGAAAAACGCAACAUCGAAUCUCCGUCCGAUCGUUGCCGCGAUCGAACGCGACGUCUGUCUCGAGUCUGUGGCGGUACCGCGGAAAAUGCGCGCGUCGAGGAGAAAAUGGACUCCAAAGUGCCGAUUUUGUGAGGAUGAAAGACUUAUUCCGGGGGUUUCGGGUGAUACGAUGAUGAUUUGUGGAAAAAAUGAGCGAUUUUGUAUUUGGAGUUGCGAGGUAAAAGUAAUGCAUAUCAAGGUUAUUUGUGACCAUUGUGGAAAAUAGUAUUACAGUUUGAUAUUUUUGCCAUCAGAAAAAGAUUGAAAUAGGAGAUAUUAAAAAACUACUCAAACUGAACAGAGAUCAUUAACAUACUCAGGGUGGUUGGUAAUUUCACAUACAUGAAUUUUUAAAUGUAUGAUGUGAACCUAUUGAGAUUCUAUAGCCUUGCAGUAUUAUUGCGCAUACUAUUAUAUAUAUUUUCUUGAACUAUCCAUAGUUUAUUUCAACUUGUUUUUAUAAUGGCCUUCAUAAAAAUGAUGGGUAACGAUGUUACCUUGGCUUGUAUUUCUUUUACCCUGUGACUUUACAUAUAAAACACUCUUCUGCGCUUUGCAGGAAUGAAGGUUUUUGAUUAAAUCUUUUACAGGAUGGAGAUUCUUUAGGAAAUGGUCGUUUGAGGAUCUUUUCGACCGUUUCAGUGUGAUGUUAUUGUAAAAAGAUCUACCGUUGAAUGUGUCAUGGUAAUUUAUACUUUUUGUGAUUUUAUGCAUUUUUUAAUUUUUUUUUGAUCUGUAGGCACAUUCGACGUCUAUUUUCGUUUCGGUUGGGAUGUACAAAAAAUGUAAAAAAUGUCAGUUGAUGUCAAAAUUCUGUGAAAAGUUUUGGUUUGUCAUAAUUGUUUUAACUGAUAAAGGGGGGGCAUAUCAGAUGUAUUGUUACUUGUAUGCAUUAAUAUUUUUCAGAUUUAUUUUCAUAUUUUUCACGGGUAACAAAUUUUUGCAUACGUUUAACAGAAUAUAUUUUGUUAUAGAAAAAAUACGAAAAAGUGAGGAGCAAUUUUUGUUUAAUGGAUAAUGUGCAAUAGUUACUAAAUCAGGAAAUUAAUUAUAUUUUGGAUUUUUAAAGUUGUAUCUGAAUGUUAAUCUACUUGUGAUUUAUCAAUUUAUGAGGAAAUAAAAUACACUUGCUCUUCACAAAAAGUUGCGUUUCUUUCUGUCUGUAGUUAUUGUGAACAAGUACGUAAAUAUCCGCUACCCAGCUCUUCACGGCGGCUCCGAUGCAGUGAG